GUCGCUUCGCGCGACCGUUAAAACAGAAUUCAGUCAGAGUCGACGUGACAUGGAAGGUAGAAGCGGUGGCGUGUUGCAGAGGCACGUUGAUAACGGUUUGUGUGAUGGUCGGCGAGUGUUAAACGAAACUCUCAAAAUGUCCGUCACGGACGUGUGUCGACUAUGCGAGAGCAAGUCCGAUUUGAUACACAUAUUCGAAGAAUCGCCGUCGCUCGGUCUAAACAGGAAGAAAAUGAUCUACGUGACGACUGGUGUUCUGAUCGAACCUACCGACAUCGUGUCGCAGAAGGUCUGCUCGCGAUGUUGCAAAAUAACGCUGAAGAUGUACCAAUUUCGGCAAGAUGCUUUAAAGCAAGACAAGGCGCUGAAGGAUAAGUGCGACCAGUUGCUGACUCGCGGAAUGAAAUUACCGAAUACGAACAUCAUCAUCAGGAAAGACAGUUCCAACGUUGCCGCAUCAAAGCCCGCAAUUAAAUCAGAACCGAGGCCGGAAAUCGUGCAGUCGGAAAUCAAAAGGAAACCACCGAACAUGCCCGCGACGGACGUUAUACAUCCCAGUAUUACCGACGUGUUUCGGAAGUAUCCACAAUUGAAAUUGCCGAAAAAAUGUUUCGGCAGGAACAUGUCACCGACCGUGUCUCUAAACAUGGGUGAAGUGGAACGGUACUUUAAAAAGCGAAAGCUCGACAUAAAAAAGUACAUCUACGUUCCCAAAUUGGGGAAGACGUUUGCGAAAAAGAGCACCACGACAUUGCAGUCAGCUAAACCCACCAGGGCGUGGGAUAGUCUAGGAAAGGCCGGCAAAAAGAAUCCCGAAAGUCGUGAUCGAAGCCAUGCCAAGAAGCCCAGGUUUACGAAGAUUAUGGAACAGCGACGGUCUUCUUCGGUAGAUGCCAGUGAUAGCAGCUCGAUACUCAUCGGUCCCUUGCGAACGAGAAAAGUUAAGAUACGCAGGAAACGUAUACGGUCGUCUUCGAGCGACGAUUCCCUUCAAAGUGAGAUGAGUACUGUGCCAGAAAGUAAUAGCGUAUCGGAAAAUAAAAGUGACGAAGAUAAAAACGCGGAAGUGGCACCCUCGAUGAGCGAUGAAACUCCCGAAACUCUAUCCCUCAAGUCUCGAGCUUUGUUCGUGUGCAACUUGUGCAGCUCGGUGCAGUACAGUGCCUCGGAGUUGAAGUGGCACAGCAUGAAGCACAUGGUGUGCCAGUUUUGCAAGUCCAAGUUUAAAAGCAUAGAGGCUAAAGAAGCGCACAUCAAACACGAUUGCGAGAUGAAGAAGAUGAUGAAUUCGGGUCCCGUUGUGAAGCUGGAAAAGGUGGAUCUUGUGUUGGAAGUGCGUCAGAAAUAUCAAAACUCAUUCGUUGGUUUCAAACUCAUUCCCGGGCUAGACAUAAGACCCGUCGAGGAAGUUAUUUUGCCCGAAUCCAAUAUGAUCAGCGCUAGUGAAGAGGGAGAUGUGAUUGUGUUAUCGGAUGACGACGAAUCUCAACCUGCAAUGGAGCAGAUCAAUAGGGACCCAUUGUCCGGUAUCGCGACGGAGGAGUCUCGAAAUGUGGCCCCCGUAUACGACAACAACCUUACUUAUAGUACGGUGUCGGUUGUAAAACCGGACGUGAGGAUUAAAAAUAAUUCCGUACUUAACAAAAUGGAUCACGGACUGUCGGACGUCCAGUUUAUUAAGGAGCUUUUGUCCGCAGUAGCGCCGGAGAAGCAGUUCGCAGACAAAGUGGCUGAAACCGAUUUGCCCAGUUCGAAGGACAUCGCGAUAAAGGCGAAUGAAUGUUUCGGAGAAUUGAAAAGUUUGAAAGAACACUUGCGGGUGUUUAAAGUGCCGAUCACGAUGAAGAACGGGCCGUUCAACGUGGCGUACCGCUAUAAGAGGCAGCACAAGCCUCCUAGGAACCUACAAGUGUGGACGAAUUUGCUGCUGACGCAAGAGGAAGAUGGCGCCGAGUCGGUUAAUGGGAUAAAUGUAAAUAAUCACAUGAACGGAAUCGUUCAACCUCCCGUUGCGAAUAUUGCUACACCACCACCACCACCUUACACUCAUGUGUUGCACGACGUCAGGAGUCUUAGUUCCAAUUCGACUCCCUGUGAUUCGUUUUUCCUUAACAAUUCCGUUUCUUCCACGUUGCCAAGUCCAGGAUCGCGUUCUCAUGGUACUAUCGCAUCCUCGGCGGCAGUGACAAGCGUUUAUGCACCUACGCAGUACUCCGUUCCUCAAAAUAGCGGUUUUCCAUUAACUAUGCGUGUACAGUCAACGUAUCUUCCUCAACCCAGUGACGUUUUGCCUAAUUCUCCGAGCAGCAUGUUACGCGCAUCGCUGCAGCCUCAGUCUCAACCACUGGUACCUCGGUCGACGGUUAUUCAGCCGAGUGCCGUUCCUUACGAACUUCCGCUACCACAGAGGCCAGCGACGAUGGGAGUGAGAGUGAAAAGUAUGUGGGAACUGCGAUGAGACAUCUCCAGAUCGUUUAAGUCAAUGUUACGCAAACAUUUGUGAUAAACGAGGCGUAGUUCUUUUUUACUCCCGAAUAUGGUUGACUAAAAUGUCUUGUAUCGAAUAAAAGCGAUUAUUUUUUGUUG